CCAGUUUCUAACUAACGUGUGUUACAGUGCGGUUGUUUCAGUGAGCUAGUUAUUUCUUUUACUCUCUUUACUUCUAUAUCUUUUUUUCUCUUUUUACUCUGUUCUUCUAUCUCUUUCUACACUCAUUACUCUCACACUCUUCUCAUCCGCUUUUUUACUUUUAUAAUCACAUCCUCCAAUUAUUCUAGUCUUUGGUAUUUCUUCUAAGUUCUCAUCAACUAUUUUGAACAAGUCCUGAUAUCACGGAUAAUACCUGAUUGUGAUGUUGAACGCGCUAUCAUUCGAAGCUCCUUCCAGUGCAGACUGAUGAGCUACUCCAUAUUACAGAUGCUCUAUAGCUCACUUUUCAACUAGCUCAGUAAUUGAUAAGUGAACGUCCUUGAUAAUGAACUUCAAUUCAUGACCUUGGAGAAGACUCGUGUAAUUUUGUGAAAAAACUUGUAAAUUACACGUGUGUUCACACAGACUCGUUGAAUAAUCAACAGUGCUGACGGAAUCAAGAGAUAUUGUGCUUUUGUGUUGUGAGAAAGUCAGAUAGAAGUGAAGAUUGGAAGGAGACUAUCGCAGGAUCGGAGUUGAGCAGCAGGAGCAAGUUCUUCUUAGGAGAACUUGAGUUCUAUUGAGUUGGGCUUCAGUCGGUCGUAGAAGCAGACAACAGCGAUGUCCUCUUUUGGUGUCUUGUCUUUCUUCGUUCUCUGCUCACUCGUGGCAAAUAGCAGUGGAUCAGCUGAUCCUACACCUGAAGUAGUACUGCCUCAAGGUCGCCUCCAGGGUACAUUUUUGAAGACCAGAUCUGGAAAGGCUUUCGAAGGGUUUCUCAGUAUACCCUAUGCUAGACCUCCCGUUGGAGAACUCAGGUUUAAGGUGGCUCAACCAGCCAAACCGUGGAAAGGUGUCUACAAUGCCAGUGCAUAUGGCAGUGUUUGUCUGCAAUUCACCCAUCUCGGUUAUCAAGUGGUUGGAUCAGAAGAUUGUCUAUUCAUCAAUGUAUUCAGGCCACAGAAAUAUAAAUUAGGUGACCAGCUACUGGAUGUGAUAGUGCAUAUACAUGGAGGGGCUUUCCAAUUUUUGUCGGGAGAUUUCUUCAAGCCGACCUUCUUGAUGGAAGAUGACAACCAUAUCAUAUACGUCAAUUUCAACUACAGGCUGGGUCCACUGGGUUUCAUGAGCACUGGCGACAAGGUGCUGCCGGGAAAUUUGGGUCUAAAAGAUCAGGUAGCAGCCCUGAAAUGGAUACGGGACAACAUCAGGCAAUUUGGCGGGAACCCGGACAGUGUUACCAUCGAGGGAAUCUCAGCGGGAGGAGUUAGUGUGCACUAUCAGUACUUGUCGCCCUUAUCACGAGGUUUAUUCCACAAAGGUAUAUCAGGCAGUGGAGCCGUGUUGAAUCCUUGGGCUUUGGUCGACUCAGUUCCUCAGAAAACGCGGAAACUAGCCUCCUCCCUGGGAUGCCCCACUGCCAAUUCGGCCGAUUUGGUCGCUUGUCUCCAAACCAGACCAGCUGAGAUGAUUGUCAAACAAGUGCCUCAGUUUAUGCCUUUCCUCUACAACCCCUACUCACCUUUCGGACCUGUGGUGGAGCCUGAGGGGGUGAAGGACGCGUUUUUGUCCAGACAUCCGUACGACAUUAUCAAGGAUGGUCAGACCGCGCGAGUGCCCUGGCUGGCUGGCUUCACCACCGAAGAAGGACUCUACCCGGCUGCUGAAUUCAUAACCGACAAGGAAUUAAUGCAGAAAUUGGAAGACAACUGGACAGAGCUGGCUCCACAUCUGCUGGAUUACAACUUCACAGUGAAAUGCGCUGACAGGCAGAUUGUCGCUGAUAAAAUCAAACAACAUUAUCUGAAAGGAAAGCCCAUCACACAAGGAGUCACCGAAAUAGUUCAGCUAGUGGGCGACCGUCUGUUCGGUGCAGGCAUAACACAAGCGGCACUGAUGCAAGGCCAGGCCACACACAAGUCAGCUGAUGAGGCUCCGGUGUACCUGUACAGGUUCGGCUACAGGGGCGCACACAGUGUCAGCGAGAAGUUCAGUCAUAACGAUGACAACUACGGCGUGGCUCAUGCUGAUGAAAACCUCUAUGUGCUGGAGACUGACUUCAUGGAUCCACAAACCACUGAUGAGGAUCUCAAUAUGCAACGUCACAUGAUCAACAUGUGGAAAUCAUUUGCCAAGACUGGAGUUCCCGAGUUCCCCAUUGGCUUCUCGCUGCCGAAAGUGCAGGAGGGUCUGCCCAAGCUGAUGUAUCUGGAGAUCAAGAGUGCUGACAACGCUAAAGCAGAGUUCACAGACGACCUCGCGCACAGAAGCUUCUGGGCCAGCCUGCCACUCAAGGAGAGACUGCGCAUGCCCACACAGCAACAGAAAGACGAACUGUGAUUCAGCCAAAAUAAGUAAUAUUACUUGUCAAAGUAGAAGCUGAAAAGAAGAACAAGAAGAAGAAGAAGAAGAAGAAAAAGAAGAAAAUAAGUAGAGGAAGAAGA